AUGUUGAACGGUAGUUGGCAGCCCUUAGCCGCUCCGCCUCUGGCAACAAAAGUAAUAGCGAGCAAGUUAACGACUGUUCCCAGUUCAGUUACGCACCGGGGCAAUUUAAACAAAAGGUUUCCAGUUGAAGAACAUGGAGUUUUGCUGUGCGAGGGCGUGGAAAAAGCAGACAUGAAUCAAAGAAGUAGAAAGAAAAAAAUU